ACUUAAAUAAACCAAUUAGUCACUCAAAUGUGUUUUGUAAUCAUCAAAAUCAUAGGUACAACACAAAGGAGUUCGCUAUGCAAAGAGGACUAAGGCAAGGUGAUCCCCUUGCUCCUUUCUUGUUUCUUAUUGUAACGGAAGGACUUAAUGGCAUCAUCUCGUCGGCGGUUGAGAAAGAACUAUUCGAAGGAGUCACAAUUGGAGGAGGGGGUAUUAAUAUCUCCCAUUUACAGUUUGCAGACGACACCCUGAUAUUCGGGACAGCAACAGAAGAAAAUGUAUGGACGACAAAAUGCAUUAUGAGGGCCUUCGAACUUGUCUCCGGUUUGAAAAUUAAUUACGGUAAAAGCUCCUUUAUUGGAAUCAAUGUUGACAAUCUAUGGGAAAAGGAAAUGACAUGGCUAGUGAAUUGCAAAUCAGGGUCCUUGCUGUGUAAAUAUCUAGGCCAAAAUGCAACUGUCAAAGAUAUGGGAACCUGGAGGAAUAGCAGCUGGCACUGGGAAUUACCAUGGAGGCGCCAACUUCGCUCAUGGGAGGAGGACCUAGAAAGAGAGCUUCUAGAGACAAUCAAAACUGCUCACCCAAUACAGAACAAAGAAGAUCAAUGGAGAUGGCAUCUCAAUCCCUCAGGAAUUUAUUCAACCAAGUCUGCAUACUCUCAACUCUCAAAGGGCGUAUCAAGACAUGCAGGAGACUUCAAGAGGGUAUGGAAAGCCCCCAUUCCACCUAAAGUAGGGGAGGGGAAGGCUGGGUUGGGGUUCAUACCUAGGAGUACCAUCCAAGGGGGUAAGUGGACUCUUACCGCUUGCUCCAUGAACCUCGGUGGAAAUGGCGUAAACAGCCCAUGCGCAGCAUUUGAGCCAGAAAGGAAAUGGAAUCGUGAUGGCCGUGUAGAAUGCCGUAACCAUGAACAACCCUGCAAGGUGGUCGAGUACCCUUUCUGUCCCGGGAAACCUGGAACCAAUGAAUUUGCUGACACAGAGAGAAGUGAAGGCGAGUGAAAUAGCCAGAGAAAGAAAGUUGAAUGGCAAAG